AUGGCUAUCAAUAUGACACCUCUCUUACCCUGCGCAGCAUUGGCUCUAUGCAUAUGCAUGCUAAGCUGGUUCCUGCGACUAUUGACACCUCAAUACCGGCGAUGGGUGUCGCAAAAUUCCAGCUUGGCUUUCGAGCCAGAGUCCGCCUUUACUUGGCGUUGGGAGCUCACUAUUGUUGGUGUACCUACCAGCCUGUUGGUCCUCUCUAUUGUAGGCUUGAGAGCCCUGAAAGACGAUAAUAUGAAUAUGCAGGUCUGUGAAUCAUGGCCUGCUUGUAAUAACACGCACACCCAAGUCUGGGAGUCAUUGUCUGCUUCAGGUAUCCAGCUUGUAUCCUAUCUUAUCUCAUACAUCAUGCGACGAUGGUCGACUAGAGGCUUUCACUGGGACGCGAAAUCGGAAUCAUAUUACGUCUUCUUCCUUGAGGCGAUCUCUGCGAUUGCCGUUACGAUUUCAGCUUUCUUUACAUCAGCAGAUGGCAUCGCAAUCUUCUGCGCGAUCUCUGCCGUCGCAACGCCCUUAUUCUAUCCCCGUCAACUGGACCCCAUUGAUGUUUGCGAGGCGCGGCGACUGCAGUGGUCGCGGUAUAUCUACAUCCCCAUAGCCAUCUGUCGAAUUGCCCAACUAUGGCUUCAAUUCAGGCGUGAAUGGGUCAUAUACAUUCGCUGCGCUGAUAUAGUCGUCACUGCACUCUGGACAUUUCUACCCUACGUCAUCCUAGCACACAACAUUUCCAAUUGGAGGCUUCGUGUCGAUAUAUCAUGGGGCGAGUCUCGCGCAGACGUCGAGCAAGGAGCUCCUUGUUUAUUCGAAGCAUAUCAGCGUUAUGGCCAUCCCUAUAAUCGAAAAGAAGGCAGUACCGGAGUGAUGCAAAGCCUUUCGGCAGAGACCACUCUACUUUCCAUAUCGGAGACCUCCAACCAACAAUACGAUGGAUGCAACAUUGGCGUAAGGUCGAUGGAAGAUGCAUGCGCGGAGGAGUCUCAACUGGGCCAUUCAUCCCAACCUCAGGGACCGGUAGCCCCACCGAACUCCCCGAUCAGCAUUACAAAUCGACUUCUCUCAUCUCAGGACGUCGUAUCUCGUGCGUAUCUCGAGGGAUGUACUCGCAUCUGGUUACCACCUAAAGUCAGAGACACCAAAAUCUGGUUUAUCUUGCCAGGAUAUAUGUCUGAUCGCCGCAUUCCUGAUGAGCCGCACCAACUCCUUUUUGACUUGCUCCUCACGAUACUGAGCCCCGGUGUACAAUCAAGUGAAUUUAAGGAGUUCGAUAAAGCUCAAAUACUGGAGGAGUGGUUCAGGUACAUACCUUUGGGUCUCUACCCUGGAUCCAAGGAGCUAGAAGAAUUCGCUGUCUCCUUUGUAAUGAAAGUGUGUCCUUUCAUUACAGACCUCACUACAACGGCGUACAACACUCUUAAGAGACUUCGAACAAAUGCGUGGUCUGCUCCUCCCUCAAAUCUGAAAUCCAGUCCUACCAUCGUGUGCUCAGAAGAAAUGACCAUGGUCCUUGAGCUGAUUCAAAGAAGUGCCACUCUUCGAAACUUAGAGGCCACAGAUCUGGCAGACUGUUUGAAGAAUUUGCGGCAAUGUACAGAGGCCGGUCCUGGAUCAGCUACUCACUACUGAAAUCGAUGAGUACCUGAAAUCCGCCAAUCUACAUUCUA